AGCGAGGUGGUGCUGGAGCCGUACAACGCGACGCUGUCGGUGCAUCAGCUCGUGGAGAACACCGACAUGUCAUUCUGUAUCGACAACGAGGCGCUCUAUAACAUAUGCUUCCGCACGCUCAAGCUAGCCAGCCCUAGCUACGGAGACCUCAAUCAUUUGAUUUCGCUAACAAUGUCAGGAGUAACAACGUGCUUACGUUUCCCGGGACAACUGAACGCGGAUCUCAGGAAGUUGGCUGUCAACAUGGUGCCCUUCCCUAGGUUACACUUCUUCAUGCCAGGUUUCGCUCCGUUAACAGCAAGAAAUGCCUUCAACUUCCGAGCACAAUCCGUACCCGAACUAAUGAGCCAGAUGUUCAACUCUGGUAACAUGAUGACGGCCGCGGACCCGCGUCACGGCCGCUACCUGACCGUGGCCACCAUCUUCAGAGGCAGAAUGUCCAUGAAAGAGGUCGAUGAACAGAUACUGGCUAUACAGAAUAAGAAUUCUAGCUAUUUCGUCGAAUGGAUCCCCAACAACCUGAAGGUGGCAGUGUGUGACAUUCCGCCGCGAGGACUGAAGAUGUCGGCCACGUUCAUCGGGAACAGCACCGCUAUACAGGAGAUAUUCAAGCGCAUCUCCGAGCAGUUCACCGCCAUGUUCAGGAGAAAGGCUUUCCUCCACUGGUACACGGGCGAGGGUAUGGAUGAGAUGGAGUUCACAGAGGCAGCCAGCAACAUGGCGGAUCUUAUCUCCGAAUAUCAACAAUAUCAGGAGGCAAGCGUGGAUGAUGAUGACGUAUUCGACGAAGAGGAAGAGGCUCCUGAGGAGUACAGGAUGGAACCCACCAACAACACCAUGGAAAUGAUAUAAAAACUAAAACUAAAAUAAAAACAACGGCAUUUUUACUAUUUUUAGUUUAAAUAUUACCUUUUAUUUUUUUAUCACCAUUUAUUUUCGUUUUAGUUGUAAGUAAUCGUGUUUUUUUAUUAUUACAAUUUUAAAAUUCCGAUUUGUGUUUGUUUAAAAAUCCGCGUUUGUUUUUUUUUUAUUUAAAAUUGCGUUUUUUUUAUUUGCCAGCAAUGCAUAAAAAUUUUUGUCUGUGUAAAAAGCAGGGCUUUUUACUUUAUUUUUUAUUUUAGAAUAAAAAAUACUUGAUUAAUAGCAUGGCAAACGAAAAGACGCUUUUUUAAAUAAAAAAAACUGAAUUGAAUUGCCUAAUUGUUAAACGUAUCAGUAUGUCAAUUAUUGUGAUUUGUCAUAUCAUGAAAACUGCUUGUAGUUCACAUAAGUGUUUCUAGAGCUUUCAAAUAAAUAUUUUUAUUAAGUACAUACAUAACAAUUUUAAUUAUACGUGAGUGAUUUCCAAAGAUAGCAAACGUAGAAGCUUGAGAGGUCUAAAAUUAACAAAAACUGUAGUUCUCAUAUAGUAUUUUUUUAUUAAGGCCACUAAAUGGUGAAGGAAAACAUCUUGAGGAAGCCUGGACUAUAAAGUCUGAAAUUACCAACCCGCUUUGAGCAAGCGUGGUGAUUAACGCUCAUUCCUUCUUUGUAUGAGAAGAUGUUUAAACUCCAAAGAAAACUCACUCCUUAUUUAAUUUCUUAUAUUUUCCUUUUCAAUUUUAAACUAUAAAUAUUAUUUUCAUAUUAGAAUCAAGCUUUACAAUUGAAAAUUAUGCAGCGGUUUUUUAAAUUAAUUUAAAAAUCCGUCUUUUUUAAAAAACCGUUUUUAAGCCAUUUUUAAAUUAUAAUGUUAAUUAUUAAGCAAUUGUUUGUUGAGCUGUGUUAAGCAUUAAAAUGACGCAAGAGUGUUAUCAUUUAUUAUUUUUGAAAAAUAAAUCAUAUAAAUUGUGUAAAA